UCAGGAAUUUGUUUUUGCUGGAUAUUCAGCUUUGCAGGGGAUUUUCUUUUUCAUUUGUCAGCGACAAAAUCUGAGGGUCAUCAGACACUGAAAUGUCAUCUACAAUUAAACAAGCAGUUUCAGAGCUCUCUAUUCCAGUCCCAUGGGGAGAGAUCAGAGGGAAAGUCUGGGGUCCUGAUCACGGCCAUCCCGUGCUGUGCCUGCACGGCUGGGCUGACAACUGUGGCACAUUCAACACCCUCAUUCCCCUUCUACCCAAAGAGUGCAGAUAUGUAGCGGUGGACCUGGCCGGUCAUGGUUUGUCUUCCCAUCGUCCUGCUGGAGUUCCCUAUACUUUUCCUGCAAACGUGGCAGAUGUACGCAGAGUCAUUGACGGUCUCCAUUGGACAAGAUUCUCCAUCAUAGGCCACAGUAUGGGUGGCAAUAUCGCUGGAAUGUUCACUGCGCUGUAUCCUGAGAUGGUGGAUGCCGUCGUACUGCUGGACUGCUUUGGAUUCGUGCCUUUAGAUCCAAAUAUUUUUUUCAAAGUGAUUAGGCAGGGGAUGGAUGAAGUGCUUCAGUUUGAAAAAAAGACAGAAGAGAAGAAAAGAGUUUACACUUAUGAGAAGGCAGUUGAGAGGUUGUUGGCUGCAAACCCGACUUUGUCCGAACAGUCAGUGCACAUCCUUUUAGAGCGAGGUCUAGUCCAAGUUGACGAAGCAGGAUUUGUUUUCUCCAGAAACCUGCGAGUAAAUUUUAAAAACAUAGUUCCCAUCAGUUUGGAGCAGAGUCUGGAGAUGCAGUCGAGGAUUCAAGCCUCUGUUCUAGUUGUUCUAGGAGACAAGGGCUUUGGUGCAGCACCAGAAUCAAACCAUCUGAAACUUCUCCAAGGAUAUGUUGAGAGAAAUGUGAGUUUGAAUCUUGGAGAAAAAAAGAUAAUAUAAAUAUAAUUUGCAGGAAAACAUAUUUUGUGAUCUAUCUAGAGGGGAAAAUGCACAGAUGUUUCAAUUAUGCCUUCUUCAGUGUCCAAUAGACCAUUUUGACAGAAGACAUUUUGGCUUGUCAAAGCAAGAAAAGCACAUGCUAUUAAUAACAUUAUAUAUGACUGCAAUACGUUUAGGUGAGCUACACUGUAAUACAUUUCAUGUUAGUUUAACUUGGAAAUGCAAGUUCCCCUGCUGCCUUGAAAAUUGAAGUUCACUCAA